GAAGCACUCGGUGCGUUUUCUUGCCAAUCCGUGCGUUUACACCGCGUUCGCUGUCAAAGCACUCGACUAACGGCCGUGCUUUCGUUCUUUCUCUUCCGGGCAGUGUACCGAACUGUAUUGUCACAUUUCGCCAAGAUGUUCAUGCCAAAAGCACAUCGAGUCGCCAUCUACGAGUACCUCUUCAAGGAGGGUGUGCUGGUCGCGCAGAAAGACUUCUACGCCCCGAAGCAUCCGGAGCUGGAGAACAUCCCGAACCUGCACGUCAUCAAGACGAUGCAGUCGCUCAAGUCGAAGAACUUCGUGAAGGAGCAGUUCGCCUGGCGCCACUACUACUGGUAUCUGACCAACGAGGGUAUCGAGUAUCUGCGUGCCUAUCUCCAUCUGCCGGCCGAAAUUGUGCCGUCGACGCUGAAGCGUGCGGCCCGUUCGGAACCACAGCGCGCCCGCACCCAGGCCGGUCCACGUCCGGAAGGUCCGAAGGCUGGCGAAGAUCGCCAGGCGUACCGGCGUAUGCAGCAGGCAGCACCGGCCGACAAGAAGGGUGACGUUGGUGUUGGUGCCGGCGAACUAGAAUACCGCGGAGGAUUCGGUCGUGGUAACCGUAUGUAAGGCGCGCGGGGGAAGGAUUCACAGCA